AUGGCAAAACCGACAAUCCCCUCUGACCUUCUGAAUGUAAACGAAUAUGCGUUUGACCUGGGCACAUUCGAACUCACUAUUGCCACCAGCAGUCCCGAGGCUCAAGUCUGGUUCAACCGUGGCCUUGUUUGGACCUACGCUUUCAAUCACACAGAAGCAUGUGUCUGCUUUGAGCAGGCUAUCAAAUACGAUGAAUCAUGCGCAAUGGCCCACUGGGGUCUGGCUUUGACACUCGGUCCCAACUAUAAUCAGCCAUGGGAAGCUCAAGGAAAGGACCUUCCCGAGAUUGUCCGGCGUACCUACCAGGCAUCCCGCCGAGCAAUGGCCCUCGUCAGCGAGAACGCGCCGGUGGAAAGGGCUUUGAUUACCGCCAUCCAGUCUCGCUAUCACAGUGACAAACCGGCAUCGAUGGAGCAGUAUCGCCGUCAGAACGAAGCGUACUGUGAUGCAAUGGAAGCGGUGUAUCAACAAUUCGGAGAUGACCUGGACGUAGCUGCUCUGUAUGCCGAUGCCCUUCUGAUCUUGAGCCCGUGGAAGCUGUGGAAUUUAGUCACUGGAAAACCAAACCCAGGCACGAGAACGCUGGAUGCCAAAGCGGUCUUGGAGAAGGCACUCGCUCGUGAAGAGGCCAGACGGCACCCGGGCUUGCUGCACCUUUAUAUUCACUUGAUAGAGAUGUCACCCACACCGGAGCUCGGAUUGAUCCCGUCGGACCAUCUUCGUGAUCUGGUGCCAGACUCGGGGCAUCUCUGCCACAUGCCAUCUCACCUGGAUUUCCUUGUCGGUGACUAUCGCGCAGCAAUGAGUAGCAAUUUGCGAGCCACUACUGCAGACGAAAAAUAUAUGCAUCACCGUGGCGCGAUGGGAUUCUAUACGGUCUACCGCAUGCACAAUUACCACACGCUCAUCUACGCUGCCAUGUUCGCAGGUCGCAAGGGCGUCGCUUUGGACGCGGUGAAUCGGAUGGAGAACACAUUGCCAUUGGAGCUUUUGAAAGCGAUGCCGGAUUAUUCUGAAGUCUUCAUGUCUGUCCGAUCACACGUCAUGGUUCGAUUUGGUAUGUGGCAAGAAAUUAUCGAUCAACCAUUGCCCGAGGAUCAGGAGCUGUUUUGCGUGACCACAGCUCUAGCACACUAUGCCAAGGGCGUCGCCUACGCCGCAACGGGGGACAUCCCUAAUGCACUGGGGCAGCAAAAUCUGUUUAAACAGGCGGCGAAGCGUGUCCCAGAAAGCCGACUUGGUUUCCCAAACAGAUGCAUUGACAUUAUGGGAAUCGCCUCUGCAAUGCUGAAUGGCGAGAUUGAGUACCGUCGCGGUAAUUACCCAGCGGCCUUUCAGCAUCUGCGCCGCUCCGUGGAGCUGGAUGAUGCAUUGGGCUACAGUGAACCCUGGAGCUGGAUGCAGCCGGCGCGUCAUGCGUAUGCUGCGUUACUGCUGGAACAGAACCAUGUAGAGGAAGCAGCAGCCGUGUACCGCGCUGACCUGGGGCUUGAUGAGUCGGUCAUUCGAGCUCGCCGCCAUCCGAACAACGUGUGGGCUUUGCAAGGAUACCACGAAUGUCUCGUUCGACUAGGUCGUGACAGAGAAGCCAACAUCAUCAAGCCUCAGUUGGCGGUGGCAGUUGCAUUGGCUGAUGUGCCGAUCCAGUCAUCGUGUUUCUGUCGCACUGACAAUGACCCAGCCUCAGACGGCGAAAGACCUUGUCCAAGUAUCAAGUGCAAUAUGUAA